UGUAUCCAAAAUUCAAUUGCAAAUGGCGUCUUUUAUUGAAUAGAACCUUAAGUAUUGAACAGCUUGGUAUGGCAGAAAAACAGUCUUCAGUGGUACAGCGAGCUUUUACUUCAGUUACGGAGACCGUGUUUCCGGGAUCACAAAGUUUACGACACGUUCUCAAAGAAAAGAAUUUGGGCUCUGGAACGGAACUGGUGUCUGAUCUUCUGUUGCAAAUGUGUUUGUAUUUCAACUCGUAUUUCUCAUUGUUUUGGUUUUUUUCAAGCAUAACAAUGCUCGUUACCAAGUACAAAUAUCUCGCUUCGUACUACAAGUUUAUCCUGAUUGUGAUCUAUAUUAUUAUGGUUGUCGUGGAAAUGAUCCGAUUGUAUCUUGGCAACGUAGGAAAUCUUAAUGAAAAGGUUCCUGAGCUCGCUGGUUUUUGGCUUCUUACGCUUCUUUUACAACUACCACUAACUUUGCUACUUUUAUUUAACGAAGCGGCGAUUGUGUUACCCCUUGAACGAGCUGUUCAUAUUGUCAUGGCAAUAUUCGUGAUUUUAGAAGUUGUACAAGGCUAUAGGGUCAUCAAUAUGCUCACACGAAACCAGAUAUCAAAAUUUCAUCUUCGUCAUUUGGAAGAUUUUGUCGAAUUAGAGGACUUUCCGGGGGGAAGGGAAGAAACAGACGUCAUAUUAGCACCUCAGAGAUAAAACUGCGAUAUGAAAAUUCAUGUUGUUUUUUUUAUUUUAUCUAUUUAGUAUGUUUAAAAAUUAUUUAUGUCAUGUAAAAUAGGACGUUCAUACGGCACGAAGUAUCACCGUCCAAGUAAGAUAUAGGUUUGUAAUGUUUCCGUUGAGCAAAUAUAGCCAUUCGUAUUGAAUGUA